CGUUCAAAAAUUCGUGUACCUGGUCAAAAUAUUCAUUUUUCGUACGAUGCUUCAACGUGAUCAGCAAGACCCUGUCUACCAUUUCAUUAGCACUUCUUGGCUGGAUAUUUUACAACAUUCGGGAGAGGUUUUUCUUCAAAGUCGUGCGUUGAAAUCUUUCCCAUUACAAGUAUUUUUACCGGAUCAUUCAUCCGCCCUUCAUAGUUUACUUUCGAAAAUAUUCACUUUUUUAGUACUUUUCUAACAUUCCAUAUUCCAACAGAUUUGUUUCCUUACACUAAUGGAGUCGCUCCAUUGGCGCCCCUCGAUACGAAAUUAACCAACUUUAAAUAUUAAUUUAACUUUUGAAAAUUCACGAAAUACCCCCAAAAAUAAGUUGUAUAUUCUAGAUUUUAUUUCUACUAUACAUUUCCAAUUCAAAUGAGAACAAAUUCCUCGUGAAACAAUAAGAGCGGUAUUGAUUUUCACCCCUUUUGAUUCGAAUUCCUCCGCCACUGUAUACGAAUGACGUAAACGAACUUGGUACCUCGGUUGCCAUAUUGAAUUUUUCACCCUGUUAGGCGCCUGCGUGGAGUGUGCGCAGUGCGUAUUAUUACCUGUUUCUCUUUUCCGUAUAAAACUAUCGGUGUUUAUAUGAAGAAAUAUGUGAUAUUUAAUAAAAUUUGUGUAUAAAAUAUAAUAUAAAAUAUUCGUUUCUCAUCUUCUAACGAUAAUCAUGUUAAAUAGUUCACCAUUCUAGUGAAAUUUUCGAACACUUGGUUCACAGCGACAUCUUUCGUUUACAUUUGGAGCCACAUCGAGAAAAGCUUAGACCAGCAUCAGUUUUGUGAACGAAAAUUGCAUAUUGUAUUAAAUCAAAGUGUUUGCAGUGCCGAUUAUAAAUAUUCCGUGUUUAAAUUAAUAUCUGUGAAAAUUCGAGUAGUUUUGUAUAUCAAGUGGUAAAAGUGUAGUGUAGUAAAAAAUUAUAUUUGCAAGUUGUCAUGGCGGCUGAAUAAUCGACCAAUAGGAGAGCUUGAUACAUCGGUUGUUAGGUGUUCUUUUUCGCUUUGGGAUACGCGUCAUUCUACUAUUUCGUGCAUAUUUUAGUGAAAUCAGUGAUUUUUCACCCUUUGAUGGCGAAAGAUGAUGAGCAUUGAGGACGAAAAAACAAAUACACCCUGAAAAUCAAAUUCCAGUCGUGUAAAAAUGCGUUUUCUGUUGUUUGUCACGUGACCUACCCGAUUAUUAUGGCGAAAAGAGCGGACAACGACCAUGAACCGUUUUAAGUAAAAUUUUGACAUUCCUAUUGUAUACAAGUUUGUUUUCAUAAUCUACCACGUGCAUUUUGAAUAGUGAUUGACAGUUGACCAAGAAUAUGUCAACAAGAGGUAUGAAAAAGAGGGGGCGUCCCCCUAAGGUUCAGGUUGCAGAAAGAACUAAGAAAUUUCAGUAUCAUCUUCUCAAAAAACCGACAUAUUUAUUAAAUAAUAAAGCAUCUGAAUCACAGUCGAGUACGCCAACAGCUUCAAGACCUUCUUCCCCACAUGAAAGUGAGUCCAGCAGACGUAGUAGUACUAGAAUAAGGGGAAAAGAUGGCCACAGAGCUGGUCGAAAGUCUGGUUAUGCUGGUUCUGCUUACCAGCGUAGAGGAAAUAAUACAUCUCACAAUGAUUAUCACGACUCCGAAUACCACUACGGGUCAGAUUUUGGAGAUGAUUCGAGUGACAACAAAAGUGACAUGGAAGAUGAGCUGGGACUCUCCGAAAGCGAAUCGGAGGGUUCUGUUGGAGGCCCUAGCAGCGACAGCGACUUCUCGUUGAGCAGCUUCAGUACGAUGAGUGGCACUCCAAGAAAAGGAUUGAAUGUAAAUAGAGCACCCACUCCAGACCCGCCGUUGUGGCUACAAAACCGGGAAAUACCUUCCUUAAUGUUACCAAAGUCGUCUGACGAUUUGUUGGUACCUAAAGAAAGAAUUAUGGAAGUUGUCAGUAUUUAUGAAGUAUUGAGACAUUUCAGAAACCUUGUAAGGUUAUCACCUUUCAGACUAGAAGAUUUCUGUGCGACUUUAAUGUGCGAAGAUCAAAGUAGUUUGUUGGCGGAGAUCCACAUUAUGCUCCUGAAAGCUUUGUUGAGGGAAGAAGACUCCCAACAAACCCAUUUUGGGCCGCUAGAUCAGAAAGACAGUGUUAAUAUAUCAUUAUAUGUUAUUGACUAUAUAACGUAUCCGGAAGUUUUGAGGGCCUACGUUGAGAGCGAUAAAAGCUUCGAUCCCCAAGUGCUGGAAGUUUUGUCUACUACCGAUUAUCCAUUUUCAACGCUGGAAGACAGAAUCAAAGUUCUACAGUUUCUUACAGAUCAGUUCCUCACUACAAAUCCUGUUCGUGAAGAUCUAUUGAGUGAAGCUAUACAAUCAAUAUGUUUGUUCCAUUUCGAAAAUUCGUCAAUAUGGAGUCUUAAAAACAAUAAUUUUUACAAAACAGGCACGGUCACACCCAGAACGUUCAACAUGGAAGACUUGCGCCGAAAGAGCUUGGGAAUUCUGAGUCGCGACGAUAAUGAGCGCGACGAAUCUCGAAUGACGCGGCUGAAAUCCAGUCAGAUGGCCAGCGGCACUUACCUCUUCAAACUCGGGAUGGAGAACUCGUUCAAGCUGUACGUGAACCAGUUCACCACGAACGUCAUCGCUCUGAACAAACCGCAGCGUAACGAAGAACGGGACAAGAAGCGGCAUUUGUCGCACAAGUUCUCUUUGACGCCCGCGUCCGAAUUCAAAUGGGUCGGUACUCUCAGCGGAAGCAGGACGCUGAUCAUGAACACCCUGCGUCACACCAUCUUGCAACUCGAACAGCAGAUUCCCUCGCCGUUCAUGCAUCCCAACUGGCACCUGCUGCGCAAGCAUUGGCUGACGAUCGUCGGCAGUUGUCAGCAGCCUAAAGAUUUCGCCAGGGUGUUGGUCGUGCUUCAAGCUUGCAUUAAACCGGUGGUGUUCGCUACCGUAUGGCACGAACAGUUGGGACAUACGCGACUGUCCAGGAUAACUGCUACCGAGAGAGAAGAACGCAAAAAGAUUGAGAAACGCGAGAAGAAGGAGCGUGAGGAGGAGGAGGAACGGAACCGCAUGAUAGUCAGCGGAUACGUCAAAUAUACCAUGAGUUUCAAGCAUCAGUUGUGGAAGCAGAAAGGGGAGGAGUACAGGAUACACGGCAGAUGGGGCUGGCUCUGGAUUCGCAUCCCGAGAAACUUCCAGCACGUUAAUUCGAGAGAAAUGGGUCUGGCUGCUCCUCCGCAGAAGAUGAUGCUGCAGAUCAAAGAUGGCGCCGGAAACAAAGUACUUGCCCUCGAUUCCCACAUGUACGAGUUCUUAAUGUCCAGACUGAAAGAUGGUAAAGUGAGAGAAGACGCCGAUGACGUCCCCGCCGCUUUGAGGAACAUCGAAAUUUCUCUUCCUCCCAAACAUUUCGAGGAAAUAAACGUCAGUAAAGCUCUGCUGACUCCCGGCCGUUUGCUCUAUCCGAAGGUCGCUAAAAAAUGUAAACUGGAUAAUUUACUAGCUAGACGUGUUCAGCUGAAAAUUCUGGAGGAGAGGAAAAUUUCUCUGGCCAAGACGGAGGAGGUUCUGAAAGAAGAAGACGUGAUAGACGUGGAGGCGGAAGAUGAAGCGAACGCGGAAGGUUUAGAUAAACAGCUCAACAAUAUGAUGAGCGGAAAGGUCACGCUGCCUAAUAACGCUCAGAUCCAACCGAAUCGGGAAGUGCUCAACUCGAUUGCUAAGAGAAUACACGCGCUUCGCAUCCAUUACAAUACGAUAAUCAAACUGGCAAAGGGUUCCCAGUGUUACAGCAAAGGUUGCAACUCCAGUAACAACACCGAGAACACUUGCUAUUCCCCGAUGUGCAUUCAAAGGGUAAAGGUGCGGAAGGAUCUCCUAUACUUGUUGGGCAAAGCUAAUCUUGCCACGAAUUCAGCAGUCAAAUUGCCCAUAAUUCAAACUGUCAACACACCCACCAAAAAACCUCCUGUAUUGGAACAGAAGCCUCCUUCUAUAUUGGAACAAACUUUGAAGUCGCCCCAACAGCCGUCGGUUGCGAAGGAAAGGGAGUCCGUCGUCAUCCCGACGAAAGAGAGCAUUUGUAAGGAUUUGGUCAACGCGGUAUUGGUGGCUACCAAGCUCGAGGACGAAGGCGACGCCUUUGUGCCUGUUAAAGAAUAUGAGGUGAAGCUAGAACCGAAAGAGGAGAAGGAGGAGUCUAAAGAAUCCGAUCCUAAGCUCGAAAGUGGUGAUCAGCUAAAGUCGCCGCGAAAGAAACCUAAAAUGGAACCGUGCGACGAAGUAGAUUUAAAGUCUAUGUCCCCGACCGCCAUCAAGGAGAUGAUCCUCGGUGCUAAGCCAGAGAAAAAGGAAGUGACGGUUACUAGUACCUUUACCACAACCACGACGGUUACGACUAGUACCACAGCGGUGGACGGCGUGGUUAAGAGCGUGUCUGAAAGCGAAGACAUAAUAGAUACCGUUACGGUGUGUUCUUCCAUUAACGGCACUAGCAGCCAAACUAUAAAGACCCUUAACGCUAGAUCUGCUGGGUACAGCGCCCAGCAGAACCGACGAUUCUGCGCCUACAAGCUCGGGGUGAAGCGCGAGGAGAAAACUAUCAAGGCCGAACAUGCCGAAGACGGCACAGAACGGGUGUACACGACCAUGUCGACCGAAGGAAAGGUGAUUCUGAAGAGGGUGCCGACGACACUGGAGCUCAAACGUAAACGCAGGCAAGUGGUCAAGUAUCCUGCUUGCUCGACCUUCCGUUCCAGGAACAACCGUUCUUCUCUCUUGGUCCUGCCCAGACACGAAACCAGAAAGUUGGCGAGGAACGCCGGUAGGAUCCACAUUAACGGGUUCCACGCCUUGGCCAAGGCGAACAACAGCGUGUGGCCGUACCCGUGCUCCAGGCCGCUGUUCAAAACGUGCUGGAUUUAUAGAACGGUUAAUUUGAAGUCGUUGGCGAACGCGGCGCUUCAGUUGAAGAUACUUUGGGCUUGUUUGAGGUGGGAUGAUAUGCAGACCAAACCGCCGAACGCCGACGGAAAGCAUCAGAUAACGACGGAGACGGAGAUUCUGUCUUUGGAGUUGCUGAAGCAUAGGCAUAUCGGGCAGUUCAUGGAGAGGACACAGUAUCUUAGGCGGAAAGUUGUCAUACCUUUGGAAUUACCAAAAACUGUUAGAGGUGAGGUGGAAAAGGCUAAUCAGCAAGUUAUAACUAGGAGCCGCACCGGCAACCUGCCUCCCAACAAGCUGUCUCUGGUCAUCGAAAGUGCGUCCGACUCGAAGUUGGCGACUGUUACUGGCAAAGCGAGCGCCGAAGAGAUCAAGGAGAAGAUGGAGCAGCAGUUGAGGCUGCAGCGCGCCGCCCACCAACAGAAGCGGGCCGCUAUGGAAGUGAAAAACGUUACGGUGAAGAGCGGCCCUUUGCUCGACAUGAUUGGGAGUACGGCACAAGCUGCUACGGCUAGUUCUACUGUAACUACUACAAAACCUGCAACAAGUACUAAUGCGUCAUUACCUCCCAUACAACCCAAAGUAACGACCACUGUCGAUGGGAUGAAAAUUGUCAAGAAUGUCAUAAUGCCGAGCCAAGCUGUGGUCGGUGGUAAAAACACGUUGACUUCCCUGCUGACUUCGAAUAGCAACAAGUUGGCGGGGAGGCGAAUUUUGAUGACAAAGGGACCCGACGGAACCACCAGAGUCAUCACCGGUACCGCGAAUAUUCUGCCCAAGAAUCUUCCGACGACCCAGCAAAGUUUGAUCAAGACACAAACGACGAGCGGACAUCAAAUUCAACAAACUGUUCAGGUUCAACAACCGACAACAUCUGCCAUCUCCACAUCUCAUCAACAACCCUCCAAAGAAAUUCCUCAACGCGUUCAGAUAAUGCGUACACCUGACGGCCGUUUCACCGUCAAGGGUCUCCAACCGGGUCAGCAGCUCGUUCAGUUUCCGGACGGUAAACUUCAGGUUUUCACAACGGCUCAACUCCAAUCGUCGGGUCUCGCAACAACUCCCAAACCUCUGGGCACCACUACCACCCCGAAGGCUAUACUUAAACAGGCUAUACAUACUUCCGCAGGUAAAGUUACGGCUCAGAGCAGUCCGAUGAAAGCUGUUGUGGCCCAACCGUCGGUGCAGCAACAAAAUUCCGUCAAGCAGCAGGUGCUGGUGAAACAAGGUUCGCCGGUCGUUCAGAAGAUCUCGCAGGGUAGUUCGGUGGUCACUUCUGGAGCGCCGAUAAUGCAACAGCAAGUAGUGCUUGGCACCAAUCAAGUCAUCACCACUAAUCAGAACGGUCAGCAGGUGA